AUGUCGUCAAAUGAUAUCACAAAUUCUGAAUCAACUCUGAUUUCCAUCGCAAAAUGGGGCCUGCUCACGGUCAAGAUUCCCGGAUACUUUCCAAUCUCCGUGUCCACCUCGUCCAUGAAAAUUUUGACGUACUCGAAACUAGAGAAGCGUCAGUACCUUUCUUUCUCAUACUGCAGUGGAGCCGCACUUUACGUCAUCAUCUUAUCCACCUUGUUGUCUUGUUGGGACCUCAUAUUUUUUGCGAGGCAGUCCUCCUUCCACAAAUAUCUCAAGGCACGUGGCCCCACGGAAAUCUACGCGUACACUCUCAUGCUCGCUACGUCAUCCAUGUUGGGCGUGUACGUUCAGAUUUUCGGGUUACGAAAGGCCUCAAAGUUUCUCAAGUACUGGGAGGACACUUGCACCAUUUUCGACCAACUGCAAACUAAACUUGGUCUAAAUCUGGGAACUUUGGAAAGAUUUAAUAGCAUUGAAAAUUCUAUUCGAAAUUCGUUUGCAGCCUUGAUAAUUCCAAUCCUGAUUCAUGUCUUGAUUGACUACGGUUAUCGAAUUACGGACUCAAUCCUGCACGAAGAUGGGACAAACGAGGACACCCAGCUUGCCAUUGGUCUUGGCGUGUGGACAUUUUUUUCUCUCUCGGGAUCCGGGAUAUCGGUCUGGAUGACGUUCUUCAUCCAGUUUUAUACAGCGUGUCUUUACACGGUUGGAAAUUCUUUGAGGGAGAUUUCUGUGGAUCGUUUUUCUACCCCGGGGGAGGCUUUGUCGAGGAAAAGUAGUAAUUUUUCAGGGGAAGAUGAGUUAUUUACGAGAAUGAUUCUUCAACAACGGCACCCAGUACCGAAGUCGAAUAACCAAGGGGAGAAAAGGGUGGCGAAAGUUGACAUCGAGACCACACUGGAAACUUGUCUUUCCUUGUUUCAAUCCAUUCUUGGAGGAAUUUCUAACUUCAAUUCGUUCUUUGGUGUCAUUCUUAUCUUUGAGAUAAGCGCUUGCGUCCUCAAUUUGUUGGUUUACUUGUUCUUUGCGCUGGUGUGGUUGGGUCGUGGGGAGAUUGGACUCCUGAUGGAAACCGUGGUGCCGAUUUACAUCUAUGGGAAGGAGUUGUACGACGUGGGGUCAUUUUCGGAAGAGUUGACCUCGGCUGCGGAGAGUGUGGUGAAAUCUUUGGGGCAGAACUUACCUCUGGAUACCCUAAGUCCUCAUAUGCAUUUAAAGCUACAAAUGUUGUCCACUCAAAUACUAACGAAUCCACCGGCGAUAUCGGCGAAGCAAUUUUUCGUCAUUAAUAGAGGGCUAGUGACUGCAGUACUAAGUGGCUUGGCUACUUUUCUAGUGGUCCUUGUCCAAUUCAGAGAUGCCGAUAGUACAGCGACCAGUGCGGGCUAAUUAUUAAAAUAUUUGUACAUACACAGUUGCAUAUAAUUUCAUUAUUAUUCUGUAAAUUUCAUUCAGUUUUAUUAAAUAAAUCAUUUUGUUUU